UACCCAGUUGAUGCGGAAAAAAUUACUAGUAUCUUAAAUAUCCAUAAUGACAGCUAAUUCAAGUUUUAUAAUGUUAUUAUUCCAGUUGGUUUUCUAUUUAACUGCAGAGUCAUCCCAUUACCCAACUUUAUCGAAAAGGCAACGAAUGGAGCGACACAAAAUAAAUAAAAGAUAUGAAUUGGACAAUGUGGCACCUCCCGCAAGAACAAAGAUGGUAUUCUAUUUAAAUGCAUUGACACCCUGUCCUACAGUUGAACUUGAAUCCAUAACUUUUGCCAAGAAAGUAAACAAUGCUUUAGCGGAAAUGGAUCUUCCCGAAAAAACUAAGGAAGCAUUUUCUAAACAAUGGAUCUAUGUGGGACGUUAUUCAAUCGAUUUCAUUGAACUGUUGAAUUCGUUAGAGACGACCAAGGACUCCCCAAUUCGUUUUAACGACCACGAAAAAAGAAUAUUAUCUUCGAGUAAUGCAGAAGACUCGACAAACGAUAAAGCACUCGCUCAACUGAAAUACUUCUGCAAGAUGCAAGAAGUUCAGUGUACAGACCAUUUUCUAUUGUAUAACAUUUUAAAUGAAACCAAUCGGAAUAUGCAACCUGUUCUUCAGCGUGUACGCAAUAUGAUAGAGAUGGCGUAUGUAGGAUUAUUCGUGGUUUACACAUGGCUUUGGAAACUAUACAUCAACCUUUUGUCUUUAAAUAAAUUUAUAUAUGAUACUACUGUUGCUGAUCUAGAACAAUAUCGAAAACCCUUAGGCGAAUUGGUGAAUAUGUGCGUGGAAAAUAAUUACAUAGCGAACAGUUUUUUAAACAAAAAUGCAAACGAUACCGAAAAAAUGUUGUUCACUUUUAAUAGUUUUGACGACAAAAGACAUAUACAUUUUAAUAAUAAUAAAAGUCCGUUGCCUUUGUCCAUCCCACAUUUAUUCUUAUCAUACAUGAGACAUAACGGACAUCAUCUUUAUUUAUCAAUAUCCAAUGUAACUAUUGAAUGGUAUACGAUGAAGGAUUGGUUUAUACGAAUGACUUCUAAGGUCAGCGGUCAAUUUAAAUACAGAGACUGGAAUUCGCGUCCCUUUGAAAACAUUGAUUUUCAGCAAACAUGUUUAGAAAUCGUUAGUUUAAAACUAUAUUUUUUUGUUGUGGUGCAACUCUUAGCUUAUAAAAAGGUGGACGGCCCUAAGUUUAAAAAACGCCAUGAUGACUUUAUGUUACUCAUUUCCGGCAUUGUUGUGUCCAUUUCCAUCAAAGACAGACCAUUAAACCACGUAUUAACGUUGUAUAGUAAAAUAGACGAAUUUAAUCACGAGCAGAUUGACGAAAUUUUGAAAAUAAUAACAAAUGAAAUAAAUAACAUAUUGUGUCAAUAUAAAAUAUAUCCUGGAAAAACUGAAUUGGUCGACAUAUCAUACAUUGAUGUAGAAAAUGAAGUCGCAUUUAAUUCAUUUCUGGAUACAAUAGAAGAGCAAUGUCGAAAUUUCGGAGAUUUUUUGACAGGAUUUUCAUUUGAUUUUUUGUUGUUCUUUAUCAACGGAAGUUAUAACACUGAGCUUGCUAUUUUUCCAAAUUAG